UUUUGGGCGGUAACUAACGUGGAUUACGUGCACCAGAGGAAUGCCAAACACAUCGGAUGUAUGAUAGCCGUGGUAUGGGUGGUGUCGGCGGUCAUCUCAUUGGCGCCGAUACUCGGGUGGAAGGACUCGGACUUCGAUCGCCGCAUACAAGAAGAGAAACGAUGUCUCGUAUCGCAAGACAUAUCGUACCAGAUCUUCGCCACAAUGGUGUCCUUUUACGGGCCCUCAACACUCGUCCUAAUACUCUAUUAUAGGAUCUAUUUGGUGGCGAAGAAGCGGAUUCGUCGCAAGUCUUCGAGCGCCGUCAAAGCCAAGUGCCGGCGCCCCCACUCGUGCCCACCGGUGCCCAACACCUACAUCUCGAGCACAGAGAUGACAACCAUGACCUACAACAUAUCGUCCAGCAAUGGCAGUAACGCCAGUUCGGACAAUGGCAGCGCCAACUCGUAUCAAAUACUGGUGUCGGCCCACUCCCGGCACCUCCUACUGCCGCCGCAACCCUACCAGUCGACAACCACCCCCUGUGUGAACGGCACCUCCACUUCCAAUCCCAUAGUGUCUGACUUUAUAUCGUGUGCGUCGACGUCCGACUGCUUGGAGCAGUUGGAUGUGCCCUCCAUUGAGCUCCAGAGGGACAGCAAUAGUUCCAACUCUAAUAACGUGUCUUUUGAUGAUCAUUCAACCCAUGUAUCCAAUGGUCACUCUAAUGGCCACUCCAAUGGUGGACCCAAAUCCAGAGCACAACCGCUUAAGAGAUUAAAGUUUAGGCGAAAAUGCAUUAAUGAAAGAGAGGUCGAGAAUAAGAGGGAACGAAAAGCUGCCAAAACUUUAGCAAUAAUUACAGGAAUAUUCAUCGUGUGUUGGCUCCCAUUCUUCGCGAUGGCCCUCAUUAUGCCUCUCUGUCCCCAAUGUCUCAUAAAUCCCUAUUUGUUUAGUUUCUGCCUUUGGUUGGGAUGGACUAACUCCUCGUUAAACCCAUUCCUAUACACAAUCUUUAGUCCCGACUUUCGCAGUGCCUUCAGACGAAUGAUUUUCGGCAAAAAACUCCGAAAAUGAAUGUAUUUUCAAUGAGAAAGUGAAGAUUUUUGAAUGAAUUGCAUACAAGCUCUUCGUAUUCGUGC